AUGUCAUCACUGGAGGUCCAAAAAAUCUUGAAGAAAUGUUAUUUAAAUCUUGAGUUAAGUUUUGGGGAUCCACAGCCAUGGUCCGUGGCCACAAAAGAUUUGAUUCCUAUUUUGGUGAAGGGCAUGAAAUAUUCAGAAAUUGACAUCAUAUUGUUGAAGGGUGAUGUGGAGGAGGAUGAAGCUAUCCCAGAUAGUGAACAAGAUAUCAAACCUCGCUUUCAUAAAUCACGCACAGUUACUCUGCAGCACGAAGAAGAGCGGUUGCAGGAUGAGGAAGAUGGAGAGGAUGAGGAUGAUGACGAUGACACACUGUCUGACUGGAAUCUGAGGAAGUGUUCGGCUGCUGCCCUUGAUGUGUUGGCCAAUGUUCGAGAUGAGCUCCUCCCGCAUCUGCUUCCACUACUCAAGGGGCUGCUUUUCCAUCCUGAGUGGGUCAUCAAAGAGUCUGGAAUCCUUGUCUUAGGGGCAAUUGCUGAAGGCUGCAUGCAGGGUAUGGUUCCUUAUCUUCCUGAGCUGAUUCCCCACUUGAUCCAAUGUUUGUCUGACAAGAAGGCCCUGGUGCGUUCCAUUGCCUGCUGGACCCUGAGCCGCUAUGCACAUUGGGUUGUAAGCCAACCCCCAGACAUGUAUCUCAAGCCUCUGAUGACAGAGUUGCUCAAAAGGAUUCUUGACAGUAAUAAAAGAGUGCAGGAGGCUGCUUGCAGUGCUUUUGCCACCCUUGAGGAAGAAGCUUGCACAGAAUUGGUCCCAUAUCUCAGUUUCAUUCUGGAUACUUGUUUUGCUUUGGGAAAAUACCAGCACAAGAAUUUGCUGAUCCUGUAUGAUGCAAUUGGCACUCUGGCUGAUUCUGUUGGACACCACCUCAACCAGCCGGAAUAUAUCCAAAAGUUAAUGCCUCCACUGAUCCAGAAAUGGAAUGAGCUGAAGGAUGAGGAUAAGGAUCUUUUUCCUCUCCUAGAAUGUUUGUCAUCUGUAGCGACCGCUCUACAAAGUGGCUUCCUGCCAUACUGUGAACCGGUCUAUCAGCGCUGCGUAACACUUGUGCAGAAAACCUUGGCUCAAGCAAUGAUGUACAGUCAACACCCUGAUCAGUAUGAAGCACCUGAUAAAGACUUCAUGAUAGUUGCUCUUGAUCUGCUAAGUGGUUUAGCUGAAGGUCUUGGAUGUCAUGUUGAGCAGCUUGUGGCCCGUAGCAAUAUAAUGACUCUACUGUUCCAGUGCAUGCAAGACACUAUGCCAGAGGUUCGGCAAAGCUCCUUUGCACUCCUGGGAGAUCUUACCAAAGCCUGUUUUAUGCACGUCAAGCCAUGCAUAGCUGAAUUCAUGCCUAUCUUAGGGACCAACCUGAAUCCAGAAUUCAUUUCUGUGUGCAACAAUGCUACUUGGGCAAUUGGAGAAAUAUGCAUGCAAAUGGGGGCUGAAAUGCAACCAUAUGUUCAGAUGGUACUGAAUAAUCUUGUGGAGAUCAUCAACAGACCAAAUACUCCUAAAACUCUUCUGGAAAACACAGCCAUCACAAUUGGUCGCUUGGGCUAUGUCUGUCCUCAGGAAGUAGCACCGAUGUUGCAGCAGUUUAUCAGACCCUGGUGUACAUCUUUGAGGAACAUUCGUGAUAAUGAAGAGAAGGACUCUGCUUUCCGUGGCAUCUGUAUGAUGAUUGGAGUAAACCCCGGUGGAGUUGUACAAGAUUUUAUUUUCUUUUGUGACGCUGUUGCUUCAUGGGUGAGUCCAAAGGAUGACCUGAGAGAUAUGUUUUAUAAGAUUCUCCAUGGUUUCAAAGAUCAAGUUGGGGAAGAUAACUGGCAGCAGUUCUCAGAGCAGUUUCCUCCACUUCUGAAAGAGAGGCUUGCUGCAUUCUAUGGUGUUUAGGCGAAGCAGCAAAACCAUACUUGGUUCCUGUGUGCGCUGGGAGGGAUACUGGGAACUCGUCCAUAACCCAGUGUUGCAGAUCCCUGUUAAUGGGGGUUAGGGAGGACGGGAAGAGCAUUGUGGGACAUAAAAUGACCGCUCCCCAUCUCCUGAAAUUUACAAAGUUGGGGGGGGAGGGUGGGCCUCCAUAACCAAUUGAAACAAAAACCAGGGUAUCUCAGUGGCAGAAGGAAAGGCCUCUUUAUUCAGAGGCCAUCAUAGAUGGAAUGGGGUGGGGUGGGACUCGGCCCAGCGCUGAGAAAUGGAGCAAACUUAAAACUGCAACACUCUUGAGAAGGGGAUCUAACUAGGGGCCAUCAUAAAGAACUAGCUAAUAAUAAUAAAGGAUAGGUUUAAGAUGUUAAAAAGGAUUUAAAAGCUACAGUGGUUUAAAGCCAGCUUAUGAAGAGGGAAGGGUUAAAAUGUAAUCCAAGGGGGUUAUACUACUGUAUAUUUCCAGUCACUGGGAUUCAAGAGAUCAGCUAUUCUUCACCUUUUCAAGACUGCAUGGUGACCAAGAAGUAGAUUAGCAAAUCUGUGAGUAGCCCAUAAUGACUAAGUGUAAGCAUUUUCAUCUAGGAACCUUAAAGCAACCCACAAAAUAUUUUGCCAUAAUAAUUGCCAUGGCACUAUGUGCUAGAAGUGAUGCUCAGUGCAAAGGCAGCCUAUGACCUUGCAGGGACCUGCUAGCCAUCUAGGGAGCAGUCUUUUUCAUAAGAAAUACUGUUGGAGAAGCAUGUCUUCAUUUUUUAAGAUGCCACAGUGCAAUGAGUCUUUUACCCUGUUGUUAAGCUGUUACUUUGUGACACUGCUAUUACAUUGCUUCAGUUGCAGGAGGCAGGAAGGAACAAGGAGGGAAACUGAAUUUCACCUGGGAAUGACUACACAGGACAAACAUAGGCAGAAAACAAUGCAUUUUUAAAUGGCUCAUGGCAUACAAUGUCCUGCACUCUUGAUCAAAGUGGUAUUUUACAUGAUGGUAUUCACCAUUCUGGCUUACAAAAGAAAUAGUAAACAUAACAAAGUACAGAAGAAUGAUUAAAUAGGGAACCCUCCAUGAUCAGUGAAAGCUUGUAGCUUUCGCUGCAUACUUAAUGGAGUUGCUGUCUUAAGAAAUUGUUAUCAGAUCCAAUUACAUUAUUCUCUGACAAUAGGGGAUUACUGAAUGCUUUUAACAUAGUUAAAGCCAUAGAUUUUUAAUACAAAAUGAACAUGUUGAAGUAGAAGCCCAUUUUCCCAAAGGCAGCUAGGAUGUGGGGGAAAGGGAAUACUGCUUCACUUAAUGAAACACACUUUUUGGAAAAAUGAGGAAAGCUUGAGGAGAGGUAAUACUCAAAAGGAACAUUCUGCAGAAUAAACA